AAGGUGACGAGUUCGAUCCUCGAAAGUAACCAUAUUUUAGUUUUUUNUUUUUUUUUUUUUUUUUCUUUUGUUUCAGUGGCGUCGCACUCGUAAUCUCUUUCCACAAAACUGUGAGAAAGAAGAGAUCAGUGAUUGAUUUACUCGAUGAACGAUCUAGAAAACGAAGAGAAGCCCGAGAACGAACACGUGGUUGAAUCGGCUAUGUCAUCGACGGCGGCGAUUGAUGGAGUGGCGGCUUUGAGAUCGGUGUUUCAGCGAGUAAACCAAGCGGCGGAGAAAGCGGGUCGUGCGUCGGAUCGAGUACGGGUCGUAGCGGUGAGCAAGACAAAACCAGUUUCUCUGAUUCGUCAAGUAUACGACGCUGGUCAUAGGUCUUUUGGAGAGAACUAUGUGCAAGAGGUCAUCGAGAAGGCACCUCAGCUUCCAGAAGAUAUAGAGUGGCAUUUCAUUGGGAAUUUGCAGAGCAACAAAGUGAAACCUUUACUAACUGGAGUGCCUAACCUUGUGAUGGUGGAAAGUGUUGAUGAUGAAAAGAUUGCAAAUACGCUUGAUCGUGUGGUUGGAAACAUCGGAAGAAAGCCCUUGAAAGUCUUGGUCCAAGUGAAUACCAGUGGCGAAGAGUCUAAAUUCGGCGUGGAACCCUCAGGAUGCGUAGGACUGGCGAAACACGUGAAGGAAGCUUGCUCCAAUCUCGAGUUUUCCGGGUUGAUGACUAUAGGGAUGGCUGAUUACACUUCAACCCCAGAGAAUUUCAAGUUGCUUGCGAAAUGCAGAAGUGAAGUGUGUAAGGAGCUUGGAAUACCGGAGGAGCAGUGUGAGCUAUCUAUGGGGAUGUCUGGUGACUUUGAGUUAGCCAUUGAACUGGGAAGCACAAAUGUGAGAAUAGGGUCUACAAUUUUUGGGGCGAGAGAGUAUCCUAAGAAGAAAUGAAGUAAACUGGCGGGUGAUGAGAUUGAUACAUAAGACUCAUAACAUCCCAAUAAACAACCUGCCAAGACUUGUAAAACCCUACACAUCACAAGAAUUAAUCGUAAGAUGAUAAUUUUGGUGUUUGAUGAGAGAAAGAGGAAGAGAGUACGUUUACCUGAGAGUUAAAAUAUUGACACAUAUUUUGCCUUUAUUUAUAAAGAAAGAGAAGAAGUGUGUACAA